AUGAGUUUGAAUUUUUUGAAAAGGUAUUUAUCUAGACUGACUAGAAAUUUUCAACACGUUUUUGAAGAUCAACAUGGCCUACUAUCAAUUCGAAACCCAGAAAUAGAUGUACCUAUUACAACAAUAGAUGACAACCUUGAUGAAAGAAACAUUAAUGGACCACAACUGGAUCAAGAAAUUGUUAAUCGACUAAUUCAACUGAUGGUUAUAUCUAAAAAUGAAGAAACAAGACCAAUGUUAAAAAAUGAACAAUUAAUGAAUAUUUAUAAACAUUGGAAUCUUUAUCAUAAAAAUGAUUUACCAUUUAUUAAUCCUACAAAGUAUACUCCAUUUGAAUUUCAAUCAAUUGAAAAUGAUGAUAUUUCAUAUAUUAAUAAUCCAAGAUUAUCAGUAACGAAAUUAUUAAUUUCAGGAUGGUGUGAAUUAAGAGAAUUAUAUAGAGUUUUUGCUGGAUCAGUAAGAACUCCUCCAACUAAAGCUAUGAGUGCAGGAACUAAAUUGCAUUUAAAAUUAGAACAAGCACUUCAUGGUGUUAUUGAUUUAGAAGAUAUUGAAAAUUUCAUUAGAUCCAAUACUGAAGAAAUUAUGGAAAUGUAUGAUUUGGUUGAUAAUGAUGGAAUAUUUGAUAUGAAUCCUGAUGAUUCAAUUGCAAUUGAUUGGUCUGAAACUAUUAUUGAAAGAUUAUAUUCAUUAAUAGUUUGUUCUGAAUCUAGAGAAGUAAUUUUACAUGGAUAUUUAAAUUUACAAAAAGAAUCAUUUGUUGAAAAUGAACAAGAAAUAAAAAAUCCAUCAAGUGUUUUAGUCAGUGGUAUUGUUGAUCAGAUUCAAUUUGAAAAUCCUGAAAAUAGUGAUGAUUUUGCACUUUUUGAUGAAGUUCAAAAAUAUCUUGAUGUUGAAUAUGAGCAAGUUGAUGAAACUCCAUUAGUUGAUUUAUCAAGAUUUUUCGAUGAUGUUAAAAAUAUAAUACAAUGCUAUCCAGAAUUUCAAUUAAAAUUCACUGAUUUGAAAACAAGAAUGGUUUAUCAAAUACCACUGCAAAAGUCUGUUCUUGAUAGUGCUAAAUUUCAAACUUUUUAUUAUAGAUAUUUUUUUGAAUUACUUAGCAAAGAUGCUAAUUUUGCAUAUCGAUGUUUAUUAGAAAAUGCCAAAAGAAGAGGGCUUGACGUCGAUAAACCAUUGAGUGUUCUAACAACGUUUAGAAUUCUCAGAAGACAUUAUCAUUUAUUUUACAAUGAUUUUUUAAAAUUGGCAGAUGGCAAGCCAAUUGGAUUUGCUCCAUUUGACCUGGAAAGGAUAGACUCAGAUUAUGAGUUUGGCAAAUUAUUUGUAUUAGGUAAAGAUUUUGCUCAACAUCAGGAACAAGCGUCUCAACAUUUGAAGUUUAUUGAAAGCUUGGGUGGUUAUGAUUCAUUAGAGUAUGAUAAGUUAUUAUUACCAUUGUUGAAAACAUGGAAAACUCCACCAACAUUGAGAUACUUGGCAGCAAGAUCUGCACAGUUUUAUGAAAUAUUUGGUAGCAGAUUGGGUGAUACAACAACAGUUGAAUAUAGAAACACGUUUACCGGAAAGAUCAUAGAUACAAAGGUGUACAAUUAUAAUAAUGGUGAAUUGGAAACAGAAACAAUACAUGCCAGUGAUUUCUGGAAUGGGAAAUUGGAUCCAGAACCAACCAACGAUUUUCUGAGAUGUCAAUAUUGUGAAUUUAAAUCGAAAUGUGCAAUUCCUAAAAUUGGUAAAAUAUCCGACUCACACGCGUCGAUUGGUCCAGAGGUUAGAAAAUUUUUAAAUGAUGUAAAACAUCUUCAAAAGGAUUGUUAA